UGUUUCUAGUCGAUAUGUGGUGGAGGAUACGACGGACAACUUUCUUUGGAAGGCAUUGAAUAGAUCGUCUAUCAAACUUCAUUUCGGUCUCAUCCUCAACAGGUAUGCGAGCUUGUGAACAUAGACUAGAAUAAGCAACACAAACCCUAGCUGUAGUUCGGAAACACUCUAUAAAGAGCGUACUCGCCGACGGAGACUUGACCGCUUUUGGUAGGGUAUGUUGCAGGUAAUCACAGUUCCCAAGUGCAGUCGGCGUUAGGCCUCCCCGCUUGCCCGCGAUCCUCUGGGGUCGCUUUCCUGGAUUCUACACUCUUGCACAACUUGUCCUCGUCGUCCAUCAUGGCCUCUGCCAUCGCGAGCUACGAGUCCUUCCUGGUCAACAAUGUUUCCACCAUAUCGACUCUGGAGUCCUCCUUGCGAUCGGUCACUUGGAUUCUGCCGGGCAGGUUCAAGGAUGCUGAGCUGGCCUCUGAAGCUCUUUCUGCAUUACUCAAUGUGAUGAGCAUGUAUCAUGACACAAUUCUCUCGAAGAUCAUGCAGUCCGAACCAAAGUACAAGCCGCUCUUGCCUUUCUCACUGCAUGUUCGUUAUACGAAAGCCUGGUCCGAGAAGAGCUUCACGUAUAAGUGGGCUGCUCGUGCCCUUGAGCUCAUACGCUUCGUAGAGUUGUUGGUCGAAAUGGGAUUACGUCGAAAAGCCUCCGUGAAGGCUAGGUGGAGAGGUAUUGUCAUUAUUGAGAUGAUCAAAGCAUUUCUCCGAUGCGUGCUACUGCGUGUCACUCGAAGACCUUUGAUUUCUCCUCCUAUUCCUGAACGAGAGUUCGAUCCUUCAGUCUUACCUCCUCUCUCUAACACCUCGUCACCUACGCUUGCACCUUCCUCGCCACCUUCUUCACUCCCUUCUACGCCAGAUCACCUCAGGAACAACCAUACCCCUCUUCCGCCUCACCCACUGCUGACUCCACCGCCUCCUACCCAAUCUCCUUUGCCCGUGGAAGACUACCUGCUUCCAAAAGCACUAACAACAGCAUCUGUCAGAACACCUACCGCGCUUGUGAAAGUGCUGACAUCUCCCAAGGAUUGGAUCGCUGAAGUGAUCUACAUUAUCCGACCUCUAAUUUAUGCUUCAAUGCUUGCCUCUGAUCGAGAAACUAAUCGCCCUCUGUUAACCGCUCUGGCUUUGGAAUUCUUCUCUAGAAACCUGCGACGAGUCCCGUCCUCAUCGUCUGCGCUUGAGCGUGCAGAGUAUGCGAGACGCGAUCGUGAUAUCUUGUGGUACCUCUUGCGGGGAUCCAUCUGGGAAACAUGGACCCGACCAAAAUUGGAGUCAAUUGCCGAUAGCACGGCUAAUGUUCCUUUGCUGGGUCUCUUCAGCGCUGUUGUGAAGGAUUGGAUACCGCUCAUUGACGAGUACUAUUACUAUACUGCUCCAUAAUUGUUGGGGAUAAAGUUGCUCUAUGUUAUUGUUUCCUGUGUUCUGCAUUGCCUCAUCUUGCAUUCUUUGUUGUUCGUGUUAAGCUCCGUGAUCACGGAUAUUCUAUUUCUGUACCAUCUGUCCAAGCCACUGUCAAGCCCCGCCAUCGUUUCCACGCGGCCCGAGGUGGCAUCCAGUGACAUGAUGAA